UAAAAAUGUGAUGUUGCUCUUGAAUGUGUUAUUUUAGCCAUAUUUGAUGACUGGCUCUUUUCCUCCUUCCCAAACCCCCCAAAACAAAGCUACCAUUGAAGCAGCUAAAGCAAAAGCUAUCCAAGGCUUCUCCCCCACGAGGAAAAUCCGCAACUUCGAAGAAGCUCGAGGCCUGGACAGGAUAAACGAGAGGAUGCCGCCGCGCAAAGACGGCCAGCAGCCAGACGGGACCGCCAUCAACAGCAAUGCUCCCAGCAAGAACGGCACGGACGGAUAAGCGGCGGAGAGGCGGCCCUCACCUGUCUGCACAUGACCCAUACUCUCUGUGUGUCUCUGUCUCUCUGUCUGCGCUGGACCCGCCCCUUCAGUGGAUCAGAACCCCAUGGAGGUCGCAGCGCUGCCUAAACACGCCCAACUCAAAGGAAACAUGAAGGAGGAGACCGCUGCCGAGAAAUCUCACCUUAUUUAUUCAAGAUGAUACAUUAUUACAUUAUUUAAUAGCGCCAGAUAAAUAAAACUUACACUGAA